AAUGAUGAAAAACUGGAUAAUAUUUUUGAAAUUUUCUCCACUCUUCAACAUGAGAUCAAUAUGCAAAUGAAAGUCCUUCGAGAAGAAAUUAAAACAGAAAACCGAGAACCAGUUGAAAGACUUGAGGGACGUAUUUUUGACUUGGAGGAGCAGAACUCGAAAGUAACACAUACAGUUGAAACUCUGGAAAAAAAAGUGGCAGAUUUAGAGGAUAAACAGCACGAAAUGGUCAAUAAACAAAAUCACUUGGAACAGCACAGCAGAAAAAACUUAAUUAGAAUAUUUGGCAUAGAGGAUAACAACAAGUUCGAAUCUGCAGAAGAAUGUGUCAACAAAAUUGUAAAGUUUGUGAGGGACAAGUUGAAAGUAAACAUCAGUAUUGACAUUGCCCACAGAUUAGGCCCUUACCAUAAAGACAAGUCUAGGAUUGUGAUAUGUAAAUUCACUCAUCGCAGAAAAAAGAUGGAAGUGAUCAACACCAGAAAAGCACGUAGAGGAUUAGGAUGUGUUAUAACUGAGGAUCUUACUCGAGCCAAUCAAGAAAAACUGAAACAGGUUUUCCAUCUUGGGUCUGUUGAAAAGACUUGGAGUACAGAUGGCAAUCUAUUCGCACUGUUGAAAAAUGGUAAAAAAAGGAGAAUCCUGAAUGACACUCAGCUGUGUGACAAGUUUUUGCUGAAUGACAAUAACUUUGCCCGUUGA